UGUGAUCCGGCUCAUCAUGCAGUACCUGAAGGAGAACAGCCUUCACCGUGCACUGGCCACCCUCCAGGAGGAGACCACUGUGUCCCUCAACACUGUGGACAGCAUUGAGAGCUUCGUGGCUGAUAUCAACAGUGGGCACUGGGACACAGUGCUGCAGGCCAUACAGUCCCUCAAGCUGCCGGACAAGACCCUGAUCGACCUCUAUGAACAGGUUGUUCUUGAGUUAAUAGAGCUCCGUGAGCUGGGUGCUGCCAGAUCCCUCCUAAGGCAAACUGACCCUAUGAUUAUGUUAAAACAAACUCAGCCAGAGAGAUACAUUCACCUUGAGAAUCUUCUGGCUAGGUCCUACUUUGACCCUCGCGAGGCAUACCCAGAUGGCAGCAGCAAAGAGAAACGGAGAGCUGCUAUUGCACAAGCUUUAGCUGGAGAAGUCAGUGUAGUACCUCCAUCGCGUCUUAUGGCAUUGUUGGGGCAGGUAAUUUUUGAAGAAAAUAUAUUUACUAACUAUACCAAUUUGUUUCUAGACCUUUAACGUACGAGACUGAAA